AAUGUCCAAUAGCGAUGUAAGAAGAAGGCGGGACUUAAGAGUGUACUUUUGGAGUUGUGCGGCUAGCUGGCUAAUUAGUUAAUAAUAAUCAGAAGAAUAAGAUUUAUUAUUAUUGAUAAUAAUAAUAAAAAACUAAAACAACAAAAAAAAACAACAACAAAGGUGGCUCGUGUGUGAGCUAAAUGUCCCAACGCAGCGCAGAUGUACGGACGGCAACCAGAAAGUGCGGUAUGCUGGAGAGCGAAAGUACAGCGCUGAAAAUGGGCCUGUUUAUGAUGAACGCCGUGGUCGGAGCGGUGAGCACAGGAACCGCCGAGGGAGCGAGCACGGAGGGCAAGCUGCUGUGCGUUGGUGUGAACAACCAGACCCAUAUCUGUGAGACAGGACACUGCUGUGGAGAGUCUCAGUGCUGCAGUUAUUACUAUGAGCUGUGGUGGUUCUGGCUGGUCUGGACUGUCAUAAUCAUCCUAAGCUGCUGCUGUGUUUGCCAUCAUCGCCGCACCAAGCAUCGCCUGCAACAACAACAGCGGCAGCACGAAAUCAACCUCAUUGCAUACAGAGAGGUUCACAACUACACCUCACUGCCCUUCUACUUCAGGUUUUUGCCUAGCUACCUCUUACCUGCAUAUGAGGAGGUAGAAAACAGACCCCCGACUCCUCCUCCACCCUACAGUGCCCCUCAGCCAGGUCAAGGCACAGAUUCAGUCAGUCCUGAGCAAGGUGAUGAGCUGCGCCCAUCGCUACAGACGGGCUCCCCAGCCACUGCAUCAGACACCAAUUCUACUGUGCACUGCAUCGAAGAGACAGAUCGGCAUUCUGCUCAUAGGUCGGCAGGUGAUGCGCACAAACCAUAUCUGAGCUUUGAGGAGGAUGACCAGCAGCAACAGGUUGCAUCCGCCACUUCACCCGAGAUAACUAAGGAUGGCAAAGAGCCCUCAAAAUCUGGAGAUCAAGUGCUUGAUAGUUGUCCCGAGAGCAAGGAAAAGACAUUGGGGCGCCAUAGACGCUUUACCGGAGACUCAGGAAUCGAAAUGUGUGUAUGUAGCCGUGGGCCAGGGGAAGGAGAGGAUGGGGAAGAGGAUGAGAUGAAGGAGCUUGCUGGACUUCUGGACAGGGAGGACUUCUGUGAUAGUUGUAAUCCCCAUAAUGAUGGCCUUCAAUUGCCAGGGGAUGAGGAGCAAGGCUUUGCAGGCCCAGAGAGGAGCAGUGAGCACAGGGAGCCACCCCUCCAGCGUCUCCCUAUCAGCCUUCAUUUACACACCAUUAACGAACAGGAAGCUCCUCAGCAAGGAAAUAGUGCAGAUCCACAAAGCUAAACACCACCGUGUACUGAAGUGACUCUCUCUGGUUUGCUGUCUCCCUUUACUUUCUUACUGUACUGUUGCUUUGGCUGUGUGUUGGAAGGGUGAAUGUUAUGCAGUGUUGUUAGAUUCAUCGAAGAAUCCAGCCAAGACAUAUUCUAAGACAAACUGCGAUUGAUGACACUGCAAAAAAAUAUCCAUUUGCUAUUCUUGUAACCUUUGCUUACCACUCAGAAGGUUUGUCAAUUUAAUUUCCACUUGUUGCACAUAAUAAUGGUCACUGCUCAUGGCUGAUAAACAAGGGGUUUAAAAAGCUGAUGCCAAUAUUUACAGUCUGGUUGAUGAUGAGGCUGCUGUUGAAAGUUGUUUGUUUGUUUGACCGGGUAAGUCAGUGUAAAUGUUAAACCGGAAUUAAUAUAUUUAAACCCCAAAUACACGCAGAUUUCUUUUUGACAUUCAGUCGGUUACCCCCUUCAAGUAAGAUUUUCUUAGAGUUAGACAAAGCCACUCCACAGUUUUCAGAACUGACAAUGGAAACUGGCUGCUAUGUGUAUACACAAGAUGUUUGUUUGUUUAUUUGUUUGUUAGUUUGUUUUAAUUUGCCCCAAUAUAUAAGUCUAUCACUGUCAUUGGUAUCAUGCUUUUUGAAGGGUUACUCUAUUUUUCCAGCACUGUCAACCUAAUUUUUAUGUACCAUUUGGUCAAAUAUAUUUGGACACCUGAUUAUAACACCCACAUGUGGUUCUUCACGAAACUGAUGUUACAAGUUGUGAAGGACACAGUUGUAUAGGAUUCAGUUUCCCUUAAAUGCAGCUAAGUUAUCUAAUCCCCUUUCUUUAUGACAGAAUGCACCAGAUGGUCUUAAUUGACCUCAGUGCCUGGGAAAGGGGAAAAUCCUGACUUACUUGUUCAAAAAUCUAGUGUAACUUGCCCACUCUUAUAUGCAAAGGGCCUUCGUGAGUGCAGGUAUUUUCAAUCUAAUCAAGUGGAAGCCACAUCACAUUUUAUUUUACUUAGUUGCUCUUGGUCUGAAGUUAUAGCUGCUUCUUGGUUUGAAUAAAAAUUAAAAAAGACACCCCAUAUUUUUGGAAAGUCUUCCAAGAAGAGUGAAGCGUAUUAGCAACGAACAGCAAAUAGUUUUACAAUGUGUAAAUAUGGGUGGUCAAGUGCCCACAGUCUAUUGGCCAUGUAGUGUAUAUAUUUAUUAAAUAUCCAAUCUAAAUAGAUCUUUGCUAUUUAAAAAAAAAAAUCACACCUUACAAGGAAGUUAAAGAGGUAUAACAAAUUUGAUAUUUGGAAUAUAAAUAUUUAACUAUGCUUCUAAAUUUUUAUGCACUACAUAAAUUGAAGGAAAAUAUGAGAACAGUCUAUAGUGUAGCCUCUAUCAGUUCCUCUUAGUUAAUGCAUAUUUUGUUUUCCCUAUUUGAAAAACACUGUAGGAUGU